UUGGUUGGGUUUUGGCAUAAUUUUACUAUUAAACAGCAAUUUGUUUCGUUUUAUUUGUACACACCGUAUUAUUGUUUUUUUUAAUAAGUGACAAUUGAAGAGAUGUCAAAGAAAUUCGUGUAAAUAAAUUUUGUGAAACGAAAAUUGUUUAAUUGAAAAGUUAAAAAUGGAUACACUCACCGAACAUGUUGAUCCGUCGGUUCGCCGUAAUCGUACUUCGUUCACUCGCGAACAAUUGUCGCGGCUGGAAAAGGAAUUUUAUAGAGAAAAUUAUGUGUCACGACCCCGUCGCUGUGAAUUGGCUGUACAGCUCGGUAUUCCGGAAUUAACCAUCAAGAUUUGGUUCCAAAAUCGUCGCAUGAAAGACAAACGCCAACGGAUUGCUGUUGCUUGGCCAUACGCAGCCGUCUAUGCUGAUCCAAAUUUUGCAGCCUCCUUGCUUCAGGCAGCGGCCAAUUCAGUUGGAAUGCCAUAUUACGCGCCGAAUCCGAUGAUUCCACAAAUGCCUGUGAUCACACCAUCUCAGAUUUCAUCAGCCACUGGAAAUCCCUACACAUACGGCUAUCGAUAUUCUCCAUAUCAGAUUCUGCAUCGCAGCCCAUCAAAUAAUCCACACUCGUCACCCAUGUCAACACAAUCGAAUCGACAAAUACCCAUGAAAGAUGAUCUUAGAAAUGACUCACUUUGUAGUAUAAGUCUGCAACUCUCCUCUUCAUCUCUUUCACCUGUGUCUGAAUCGGAUAAGUUGUUUUCAUUGUCAAAUUCAAACGCGUCGCUCAUAAAACAUCAUAAAAUUAGUCAUCAAAGUAGUGUCAACCAGAUUGAUGUCUCGACAAUACUUAAAUCGGACAAACCGAAAUUGUUCAAACCGUAUAAAUCGGAAGUGUGAAAAGUGAUCUGAUUCUGUACUGAAACCUUGAUCUCUGAACUGUUUACAUUUUUGUAAAUGUUUUAAGCAUUAGUUUCAUAAGUUGAUUGAGAAACUCAUUGAGUUCAGAAAAAUUACGUCAUAGCGAUUAAAUAAAAGAAAAUUGGAAUUAAUUGACACCCAUAGAAUGAAAGAAUAACUUAUGAGCUCUUUAUCUAUAACUAACCAUGAGACGGAAAAAAACUUAAAGCAAAAAGAGAAAAAUAAAGUUGCAAGCAAAAGUGAAACAACUCAGCAUUGUGGGGAAAAGACGUUUUUUUGCCUUUUUCUCGCUCCUGGAUAGAGAUAGCGAUUAGGUAUCUUCGGCUCAUUUGUGGUUCUUUUUAUUUUCUACAAUAAUGCCAAAAACACCUAAUCGUUAUCUAUUUCCAGGAGUGAGAAAAAUGCAAAAAACGUCUUUUCCG